CUGUCCUCUGAUCUGCGUCCUUGGCUGCCCUCAUCCCCCAUCGCUCGCCCGGCUGCCUGCCCGUCUCGAUCAUACUCCCGGAACCCCUUGGCUCUUCCUGUCUUGCUCGCCCUUUGUCCCAGUCUACCGCAACGAUGCUGACUGCCAGACUCGCCCGUCUUUCGCGAUUUGGUCCAGCGGCCAGGGCUCCCCUUUCUCAGCGCUUUAUUCGCUCGCUUGUCAAGCACGAGUCCUCCGUCGAGCUCGAGUGGAAGACCUCGCUAGCCCCGGCGUCCUCCCUCCUGAACGAGAAUCAUCCGGCCAAGGAUGCCCCGGCGAUCGCCCGCUCCACCUUCCACUAUCCCUGGCUUCGCGACAAUUGUCAGUGUCCGCUCUGCGUCCAUCCGCACAACCACCAGAAGCUGCAUUCGUCUGGCGAGGUGCCGCACAGCGUCAAGCCUCGCUCGGUGGAGCUGGCGGAAAACGGGGCCGCGGUGAAGAUUGUCUGGGAUAAGAACUCGUUGAAGGGUCAGCACAGCAGCGAAAGCCACGAGUCUGUCUUCACGGCCAGCUGGUUGAAGCAAAAUGCAUAUGCCCCGCGCGCCCGAUCGCUCCAGCAACCGACGUUGCAGAUCAAGACGUGGGAGGCCUCGGACUUUGCCGCGGUCGACCAGCAUCGCCUGAGCUUUGACGAGUUUAUGAACACCGACGAGGGCUUCCGCAAGGCGCUGGUCCAGAUGAAGGACUAUGGCUUACUCUUUCUCGAGGGUGUGCCGACCGAGAACGACCGGCAAAUCGAGCAGGUCGCCAAGAGAUUCGGCAAGAUCCGGGAGACGUUCUACGGCACAUCCUGGGAUGUGCGCAGUGUCCCCGAGGCCAAGAACAUUGCCUACACCAACCUCUUUCUCGGGCUCCACAUGGAUUUGAUGUACUUUGAGGCUCCUCCUGGUCUCCAGUUCCUCCACAGCCUCAAGAACAGCGUCGUUGGCGGCGAGUCACUUCUCCUGGACUCGUACAGGGCGGUUGAGAUUCUCAAGGCCACCAGCCCCAAGAGCUACGAGGUGCUUUCCCGGACUCCCGUCACCUUCCACUACGACAACGACGGCCACCAUCUGCAUCUGCGUCGGUAUACCAUCACCACCACCGACCUGAACGAGCCCAUGCAAGUGUACUAUGCCCCGCCCUUCAUGGGGCCGAUGCUGGCUGAUCGCGCCGAGGACGUCGAGGCGUUUUACGAGGCCUUCGCCAAAUUCGAGGAGAUCAUCGAGACGGACCGGCUUGUCUACAGAACCCUGCUGAAGCCCGGCCAGCUCAUGAUCUUUGCCAACCGACGUGUGCUGCACGGCCGAACGGCAUUCGAUCCGCUCUCUGGCGAGCGGCACUACAAGGGUACGUAUGUGGACUGGGACAACUUCAAGGACAGCUACCGAGUCCAGGUCAAGCCCCGCUGACGAGGAACGAGGGGGUGGCAAUUUCGCCUCGUUGUGAGCGCAUAUUGACGACUCAAUACACCAUUGCGUGGCUGCCUGGAA